AUGACGUCAGAACUUGGUAAUGCUUGUUCGAACUGGUUUAAACGUUGUGGCGACGUCGUGGUUGAACGUUGUGGCAACGUUGGAGUUGAACGUUGUGGCGACGUCGUGGCUGAACGUUGUAGCAACGUCGUGGGUGAACGUUGUGGCAACGUCGUAGGUGAACGUUGUGGCAACGUCGUUGUUGAACGUUGUAGCGACGUCGUGGGUGAACGUUGUGGCAAUGUCGUAGGUGAACGUUGUGGCAACGUCGUUGUUGAACGUUGUAGCGACGUCGUGGGUGAACGUUGUGGCAACGUUGUAGAUGACCGUUGUAGCAACGUUGUAGAGGAACGUUGUAAUAACGUUAAUGAUGAACGUUGUAGCAACGUUGUAGUUGUGUUGUAG